GAGAGAGAGAGAGAGAGAGAGAGAGAAUUGGACAACUCCUGCACCUGAUCUUCUUUCCACGAUUGUUGGAGGGAGCAAGAUCCUCAGCUCUGACCUGCAAAAUCUCGCCUCACUUCUGUACAGUUUCCUCUAAAUCUAAUAUUUCUGAGAUAAGACUAAGGCCACAGUGAGUAAAGGACCUUUUGCAAAGUGUGAUAAUUUACAGAAGCUGGGGUCUGGAGAGAGGAAGGGGUCUAGAAAUUAGCAAACUAAUUGGGAGGUCCAGGGUCAACUUACGGACUUAAAAACAGGGUUGGAAUUUGUAGAUCUGGAGUUAUAAGUUGCCCAUUGAGAAUGAAUACUCUUGAAUGUCAUGAAUUGUCAUUAGUAGGUGUAUACUUCUAUGGAAUAUCUUAGGUUUUUCCUUUGGCCAUAGGGUUGGUGGAAUGUAUUGUCUUUCGUCUAUUAUCCAUCCAUACAUCCAACAAAUGUAUUGGACACUAUUCAAAUGCAGUGGGGCCCAGAAACAAUAUCUACUCAGAAGCUGGAAAGAAGCCCUAUAAGAUGCUGGGGUAGAGUAGGAGGGGGUAAUGUUAUAUUGUUAACUCUUUACAUAGAUAACCACUCGCCCUGACUCUGUACCAUGAAUUAAUUCUAUGAACACUGGCCAGAUUAGUGAUUCUGCUCUGCUUGUGCCCAGAAGGGAGACAACUAGAUUUCCCUGCAUAGCAUCAGGAAGUAAAAAAGCGUACUGCCAACAUUUACUAAAGCCCUAAACCUGGUGAGUACAGAGAAAACAAAUGCCUCUUUGAAAUUGUGUUUGUAAAUCUCAUUCUCUAAUUCAUUAAUUCAUAUAUUUACUCCUGAUCAUUUAUUGAGCACAUGCAAUGGGCAAUAAACUCAGCACACAUUAUAAAAUAAGAGCAAAUCAAAUGAGGAAAAAUGGGAACAGAAUUAAAAAUCUAAAUAAAUUAGAAAGUAAAACUAUGAGAAUAUGGCUAUGGGCCUUUCUAAAAAAUAAAAUAAGUCAUUCUGAAAAAGGAUUUAUUCUGUGGCUGCCAAUAGGAUGGUAAAAAUGUGGAUCUUGCAAUCAAAAUUAAUAAAAUUCUUUAGAAAUGAAAACAGUACAUGAUACCUUGUGCCCACUUAGACUAGUUAUCCGAACAGAUUGUAUUUCUUACUUUCGUGUGGAUAAGAGGAUCGAUGUAAUGAACCUGAAAGGGAUUGCUAGUUGAGUCAGUACACAGUGGGCACCAUAAAUGUCCUCUUUCUGUUUAAUAACUGAUCCAGAUCUGCAUUUGCUCCUCAGCCACCAGCAUCCUGCAGUGACCCACACAUGCACUGUUGCCAGGGUAUGAUGGAAAAUCAGACACGGGUCACAGAAUUCGUUCUCCUGGGAUUCCUGCUCAGCCCAAACAUGCAGCUGCUCCUCUUUGUGCUCUUCUCUCUGUUCUACGCCCUCACCCUGCUGGGCAAUGCAGUCAUCGUGGGGCUCAUCUGGCUGGACUCCCGACUGCACACCCCCAUGUACUUCUUCCUCUCACACCUGGCCAUUGUUGAUAUUUCAUAUGCUUCAAAUAAUGUCCCAAAGAUGCUGGAAAACCUUCUGAAUAAGGAAAAAACUAUCUCCUUUGUCCCAUGCAUACUACAGACCUUUUUAUACAUGGCUUUUGCUCACACUGAGUGUCUCCUCUUGGUAAUGAUGUCCUAUGAUCGGUAUGUGGCAAUCUGCCACCCCCUCCAUUAUCCUGUCAUCAUGAGCUGGAGAGUGUGCACAGUCCUGGUUGCCAUCUCCUGGGCAUGUGGUUCCCUCCUGGCUCUGGUCCAUGUGAUUCUCAUCCUGAGGCUGCCCUUCUGUGGGCCUCAUGAAAUCAACCACUUCUUCUGUGAGAUCCUGUCUGUCCUCAGGCUGGCCUGUGCUGACACUAGGCUCAACCAGGUUGUCAUCUUUGCUGCUUCUGUAUUUAUCUUAGUGGGGCCCCUCAGCUUGGUGCUGGUGUCCUACACACGCAUCCUCAUUGCCAUCCUGAGGAUCCAGUCUGGGGAGGGUCGCAGAAAGGCCUUCUCAACCUGCUCCUCCCACCUCUGCGUGGUUGGUCUCUUCUUUGGUAGUGCCAUCGUCAUAUACAUGGCCCCCAAAUCCUACCACCCUGAAGAGCAGCAGAAGAUCCUUUCCCUGUUUUAUAGCCUUUUCAACCCUAUGCUGAACCCGCUGAUCUACAGCCUGAGGAACGCAGAAAUCAAGGGUGCCCUGAAGAGAGUAAAGUGGAAACAGAGAGCAGAAUGAGGGAUGCCAGGGAGAGGCCUGAAGGCAGAAGAUUUGUCCUCUGAGAUCUGGGGGAAUGGUGAUGUGAAUAUUAAAAAAUCUAAUGUCUUAGAUUUUUGCUAUAAAUAAUAUAUAUUCAUCAGUUUCUAUCCUUAACAUGGUGUACUGUCCAGAACAUGGAGCAUAAGUAGAAAGUGACAGAGAGCACAGACUCAGACAAGUCACAAAGUGGGGAAGCACAGGCACCGAGAGCCACAGACUCCUACAACAAAUGCAUAGCAUGAUCUGAGGUCCAAUUUCUCUUCUGUUGAGGAUUUGUUCUCUCUAAUCUCCUUUUAGAUUCCUCCCUAAUUUCCAUUGCCUUUAUUGCUGUAAGUAUAUGCUAACAAUUCCAUAAUAUACUGCUACAAAGGGCACCUCUAUAA